AUGCCCCUGAGCUGCAAUUUACUGACUUCUUUCAUUCAAAAAAGUUCCUACAUCAAUUCUCUUGUGUUGAAAACUCCGUUGUCGAGAGAAAACAUCAACAUCUUUUCAAUGUUGCCAGAGCUUUGUAUUUUCAAGCUAGAAUUCCUAUCAAAUUCUGGGGGGGAAUGUGUUUUAACUGCUGCUUACCUCAUUAACAGGACUCCAACUUCAGUUUUUCCAAAUAAAUCUCCUUUUUCCCUAAUGUCAAAAUUCCACCCUAGAGCUAAAGCCUGCAUCUUCCUUGGUUAUCCCCCAGGUAUAAAAAGCUACAAGCUCUAUGACAUUGUCUUAAAAACAUUCUUAGUGUCCAGGGAUAUUGUUUUUCAUGAACAACAUUUCCUAUUUCAUUCCAUAUAUGAUCAUUCAUCAUACGUUGAUCCAUUCCCUGACUUUGUUUUGCCAAAAGCUGCACCUGAUAUCUCUAUUCCUAUCCCAAUUAUUCAUCAUAAUCCUGCUACUGACUCUCUCCCAAAUUUCCCCAAUGUGUCAUCACCUGAAAUACCAACUGAGUCUGCAAGUGAAUCUCAAAACUUGCAAGUCAAUCCUCCUUCUUAA